CAAGUACACGGGCUGUUGGGAGUUCGAUAUCACAGCGUCAGUGAAUACAUUGACUGCAUCAUUUCGUUGGUGAUUUCACGUGGUCUCACAACUUGGUUGGAAAAGUCAUAAGCAGAUUAAUUAUUAUUUCAAAGGUUGGUCAAUCAUAUAUGAAAUUCUUAGUCUUAAUUAGGACUCUCGUAACUAGGUUGGACAACUUGGACUCUGUCAUGGGAAUAUGAUAACAUAUUACCAUUAUCAAAAUUGUCACCAUUAACUAUUAAGUUGGCUCAAGCAGGGUAUGGAACUUCAGAUUCAACGGACAGGUCUAAUGCCAGCUAGUGCAGUGGCUGAUGCACUACCAUAUAUCGAAUUUAGUGGACAUUAAUCAGUUAAUAAAUGUUAUUAAAUUAAUCGCGCUGAAAUAUAUUGAUUGGUUCAGUUAAAUGAGAUUACAGAUAAGCAUUUUUUCUUGACAAAUUCCCUUUGGCUUCAUACAAGUUUUAUCCCUCUUCAUCCAUAAGCUAUAUCGUCAUGAUCGAUAGCUUUCAAUUGCAAAGGACCAGAAAGCUCGAUUCGUUUAAGUCCAUAAAACUGAGUUGGCGGAGAGAAAACGUGUGAGCCGUUUUUAUAUCGCUUAUAUAUAUAUAUAUGGCUUGCUGGGAAUCACUUAAAAAAUUCAUUAAUUUCUUUGCGAUUCCCAGCAAGCUUUCGCGCUCGUAUUCGACUUUUCCGCUUUGCUCGGGGACAACCUUAAUUGAAAUAGCUGUAUAUAUAGUUAUGACUUAUUGAAUGGAUCCAAUUCACAUUUUAAGGCGCCAAAUAUAUAUAUAAACGUUCGUUUACGCCACCAGCGAGUGGGCGGUUGAAAUUUGCGCCUCCUGUGAUCACAGUGCCGCGCCUUAUAUAAUUAAAGACUUUGAAGAUUUGCCAUGAGAACCUUUUAAAUAAAAUUGUGUGUUUGAAAACGGUUUACAGUGAGUGUCAGUUGCAUCAUAUUGUUUAAUUAACUCAAGUGGACAAGGAUACAUAUGCAAUGUAGGAUCAAUCUUCUGCUUUGCAUCAAAGUCUUUGAAGGGGUUUACAUUUCACUAGCAAGUUCAGAGCCCGAAAUUUCUAAAGCGAGAUUUACAAAUUCAGGCUGCAAGCAGGUAAAACUAUAUCCAGACACACCGGACGCGAUUCGGCAACGCGGCGCGAUUUUUUAGUUUUUGAAAGUUAAUAAACAGCCAAUGAGAGCAAAUUUUAAAAGAUAUCAAGACCAAAUAACUCAAAAUGUUAUAACGUUUCUAAAUAUUUGGAAAAUUUAAACUAGGAUCAAAGUUAUCGUUCAGUGAAAAUCGAAAAAUCGCGUCGCGUUGUCGAAUCGCGUCCGGUGUGUAUGGACCUUAAUUUGUGCAAAGAUGCCGUGUACAAUUAAAAUGACGACCAAGGUCAUGCAAAAAUAUUGCCUGAAAAAACAUUCUAUAAUCAACGGAGAAUGGAUCAUUGGGAAAUUCAAAUGUUGCCUGUUGUUUUAGAAGGGUGGUUUUAAAUCGACAAAAAGCGAUAAGAUCAAAUGGGGAAGCAAUUGACUGUUGAAGAGUCUUUUGUAGAUAAAAAUUUCGAGCGGAAAGUUAUAUACAAUUUUAGACCUAACCAGGAACAGCUGCGAUAAAUGCAACUAUAUCGAACCAUGCAGCGGCCUUGCGAUUCCGGUGCAGCGCUCUAACCAACUGAGUGCUACAGAGUCCAGUGUCGAGCUCUAACCACAAGUUCUUGUAUACCUAGUGGGUGAUGCUACUAUAAUUAACUGCAUCUCGACUGAAACAGUCAUUUUAUGCCGGAUAAGAAAUAACUAAACUUUCCAAAGACAUUCGUUGAAGGUUGGUGAUAUAGAGAAUUACCUUAAUUAGUAGUAUUAUGUACAUGAAUUUGCGGUUAUAUAGACUGCUCGAUAACUCGACUGUGUAGCUCAGUUGGUUACUCCUCGUUUGGUCUAAUAAAUGUAUAAAAUUUACACUCGAAAAUGAUAUUAUAUAAAACAUUAGUUCAAGUGAGCUAUAGAUACCCAAAACAAUCAGGAUAUUUAUCCAAAUGCCGCCAAUAAAUUGCCCAUAUAAGUAGGACAUAUGCAGUGAUAUACUCUAAUGCGCAUAUCAAACAUAGACAAGCAUUUCAAAUUUAGAUCAUUUUUAGGCCUGAAUUGAUAUAAACAUAAAUAUAAAGUCCAUAUACACGCAUGGAGAGAUAUACGUACUAGAUAAAACACGAGCAGCCGAUCUGUAUCUGAUAUACAAACUCGAGCCGAAGGCGAGAGUUUGUACUAAUAUCAGAUACAGAUCGGAUGCGAAUGUUUUAUCGUACUUAAAAAAUGACCCAUCUUAUGAGUUCAUUGGCGAAGUAAUUUUAAAAAUAAACAUUGUCUAAGCCGAGAAAAUCAAAGUUGAAGUUUGUGUAAAUCAGGACAAAUCUUUAUCCGAUUUACAAACACUGAUCAAACAUUCAUUUCUUUUGUAUAUUUUCCUCGCGAAUUAUUAAUGAUUUUUUACUGAAUAUAUAAUAAAAUGCAAAUACUGCUAUAUCAAGAAAUGCGAUACAUGUGGGCCAGAUCUCCCACAGCGGUCUGUAGUGUUGGCCUUUGCGAGAUUCCAUAUAUACAACAACAAACAACGUUAGCAUCCUUUAAUUGACUGUAGAACUCAACUGGAAUAUGCUGCGCAAUCGUUUAUCUUUGGUUUAGGCUUGAUGAUCAUGAUGUGCUAAUUAUACGUCCAGUUGAGCGAGAAUUCUUUAAAACCAGGCAAUAUAAGAACGACCAAAUGCGCAGAUAGCGCCCGUGUUUACAUGCAGACUUGAUUGAACAAAUACGCAUUUUGCCACCAGAUAUUUAGAAGGAAACAACAAUAAUUUAGUAUCGAAAUGCUCGUCACAGUGAAGCGAUUCUGAAUUUGCUCCUACAUUUGAGACUACGCAUGCUCCGAUUGAGGUAUGCCGCUUUUUUGUCUGACCGCGCGCCUAUUUCGCGUCACAACAUACGGAUUUAUUCUAUAGGAUUACAAAGUUUUGAAACAAUUUUGCCACUAGCAUAUUCUUUAUUUUCCGGCAAAUUUUGACCUUUAUAGAUAGAAUUAUGGACAUAUAUUAUGUAUCCGUUCCCACAUUUCGGAAAAGCAACAAAAAUAAUCUUUGAUAUACAGUUUUGUUCAUGAUUUUGGCGUUUUGCAACCAUUUAUCGCUGAAAUUUCUGCGGACUGGGAACGAGCUCUGGUUUAAUAGGCAAAUGUCCAAAAUUUCUUGCCAUUGAGUUAAAUUGCUAGCUAAAUCUGGCUCUUUAAACUGACCCUCGCAUGAACUGAUCGUACCAAGGCCUUUCACUGCGAAACAGCCUUCGUAAUACUAUGUGGUUGCAUGCAAUUUGGUAAUGGCAAAGUUUAUAUCUAGGAAAGAAAGUAAAGGUUUAAUUCUGACCAAUAAACAGUAUCAAAGACGGUGGAAGAUUUGUUUCAGGUGGAACGGGGGAGACCUCAACAAACACUAAUGGAGCCCGGUGGGCCGGAACAUUUUCAUUAUUGAAAUCUAUAUGACAUUAUUGAAAUCUAUUAGGGUUUCUGAAUAGGUUAGUUUUCUCACCGGCCUUCAGUCUUGCCUUUCAAAUACAUAUAAAAACUCGGUCAAUCUUGGUAGAUAACAUUGACCUCAGUCUGAAUAAUUAAUUAGAUCAUGUCAGCAAAACCUUAUCCCAUAAUUGUCCAAUCUCGUACCCAGAGCCAUCAACGAUGGCUCUGGGUACGAGAUUGAUAAUUGUCCAAUGCAUAUUAUUAUUAUUAUUAUUAUUAUUAUUAUUAUUAUUAUUAUUAUUAUUAUUAUUAUUAUUAUUAUUAUUAUUAUUAUUAAAGUCUUUAUUGUCUAGAGUCACAACAGACGUGCAACUUUACAAAUGUCAAAUUCCUAAUUAUUACAGUAAUUUCUAAUUAUUAUUUAUCCUAAUUAAUUAUAUGAAAGUUAAAAAUAGUUAAAAAGACAUCUAUUUAUGAAGGAUCGUUUAAAUCGUUCCGUUUUAAUUUGAGGUAAAAUAAAGUUAUGUUCCCUUUGUCUUAAAAUCCUUUGUUUACACACAGGAAGCAAUAUUCAUGUAGGGCAUGUUCUGGAUUCGAUACGAUUUUACUAAAUAAUUUUCUGUCUCUCUCCUCGAUCACUUCAGAUAUCUUAAUACUCUUUGUCGUAUAUCCAUAACGAUAAGCCCGCUGGAAAAACUUGUCUAUACGAUCCAAAUAUUUCUUUUGGAGUGCAGAGCCCCACACUUCAAUGCAAUAGUAAAAGAAAGAGUGACAUGAUUAGCGAAUCGAAUAAUUUGCUUAGCUGAUCUGCAGAGUAACCAUAGCAUCUACACACUCUCAAUAUGUACAUACGCCCGCUGGCCUUCGAGAGAAGAUCAUCGAUAUGAAGAUCCCAGCAACAUGGAUUUUCCUGAAAUGUGACACCUAAUAAUUUCAACCAGCUCUUUCGUUCAAUGCCUACAAUCGGUGCCGGUAACGGUUUCAUGGACCCACAGUGCACAACCAUAUCCCACGUUUUAGAAAGAUUUAAUGUCAUUUGAUUUGCUUCUGACCAAUUCUGAAUGCUUUCCACCUCAGCCUCAGCAGAAUCCGAUCCUGAUUUUACUGGAGCACUUGUCAUUAUAUCAUCAGCUUAAGCCAUAAGGUUAAAUUUAAAAUUGUUAAUCAGUAGCGCCGCCAGGAUUUCAUUUUGCGUUCAAUUGACCAAAUUUAAAUCUACUCUCUGAAGGUACCCUGCCCCCCUCCUCCAAAUCUCGUAGACGGAGCCACUGAUAUUAAUAUGUUUAUUAUCUAGACACUCACGGUACAGUUACAACUCGGAAUCAUAGAGAAGACAAGAUGUAUUAUAAGAAAUUAUGGCUCAUAUUAAUAUUAAUGGCAUGUCAUCUAUUUUCAACUGCGAACUCCAGCAAUACAAGAUGCUACAGCUCAACUGAUGGUGAAAUGGAGAAUUAUGGUUUCUGUACGACAGGAUUGUAUUGCUACAACGGUUCUCUGGUUGAUUCGAAUCCAGGAGAAUGCAAUAGUGGUGAAAAAUGUUGUAUACCUAACGCGCUGAGGCGGAGGUAGAGGCACAGAGCCAGAGGUAGGUCCACCUGGGUCGUAUUAGAAACAUUUGUCGUAACAUACACGAUUAACGACUUAAGUUGCGACAACGUGAAUUUAAGCCUGGUUUCGAUAUGGUCGUAACGAUUGAGUAAAGAUUGAGUCACCAACCUCGAUCCCAGGGUCCUCGUGUUUAAUAAAGGUUCUGGUGCGACGGGGACCCUGGGAUCGAGGUUGUUGAGUCACGAUCAGCCGAAAUGCAACAUUUUAAAACUGAAAAUACGCGGAGUUAUUAUAACUAUAGAGAAUACUUAUGACUUAUAUGUGGUUUACGCAGGUAUAAACUAUUAUAAACUGGCCGUUGAGAAAGAUCGUGACUCUAUUUUACGACCAUAUGGAAACCAGGCUUUAACUUUCAAUUAAAUAAAGGAAUGUAUACUCUAAGUGAGUUUAAGAAAUUCAUUAAUAAUUCACGAGGAAAAUACAAUAGAAAUGAAUGUUUAAUCAAUGUUUGUAAAUCCGAUAAAGAUUUGUCCUGAUUUAGAUAAACUUCAGCUUUGAUUUUCUCGGCUUAGACUAUGUUUAUUUUUAAAAUUACUUCGCCAAUGAACUCGAAGAUGGGUAAUUUUUUAAGUACUAGAUAAAACAUUCGCAUCCGAUCUGUAUCUGAUAUACAAGACACCUUGUACAUCAGAUACAGACUUGUACAUCAGAUAGACUUGUAUAUCAGAUACAGAUCAGCUGCUCAUGUUUUAUCUAGUACAUAAAGUGGGGGUUUGCUAAUCAUAUCCUUACUUGCAGCUGGGCGCUAAGGUUUAUCCCAACUCACAACGCAUCAUUUGGAUGCGUAUAGUGGAACUCUGAAUUAGCUUAUUAGACAAAUUUAGAAAAGACGACGAGACAAACACGACGACGCGGUCUCAAUUUCAGCUCAAGAUUGAGAGCUAAGGAACGUGAUUACUGCAAAAAUUUGAUGCCUUUUAAAAUAACCUUACAAACGGCUAAGUUCGGGAAAAUGUGAAAGAUUGACUGCUAUAUGAGACAGAUUUUAUGUAACCCCUUCAACGUCGCAACAAGCAUUUCAUGUUUGUAUUAAAAAUGAUAAUGACAGCGCGGUUGAAGAUAUCCCUAGGACCACAAAUUAUUGCUUUGCAUGAAGAAUUUUUUUGUUUUCAAAGGGGCGUCUUUCAGUUCAAGUCGUUCUUCCAAAUCAUUCUAUUUAAUUCGGACACAGUUAUAUGUUAUGUGAUAAGUAUACGGAGAGAAAAAUAUCGGCGUCUGUGCAUUUACCAUAUCUUGCGCGUCAGAAAAUUGACGUUACCAAGAUGCAGGGCCUGAUGUGAAUUGACCAUGUUUUUUGUUCAUGUUUUGCAGAUAAAUCGGCGUCUUUGAUGAUGGGAUCGACAUCGUUAGCAUGCAGCAUACGGCAAUCAUUGACAAGAGUACAAAUUUCAAAGUCACUAACGGACUGUAGAUUUUUAUCAAAGAAUUAUUUAAUAGAUAAUUUAUUUAUUAAUUAUGUAAAAAUAAAUUAAAUAUGAUUGAUUAUAGUUUUAGAAAUAAUAAAUAGACAAAACUCAC